AUGAGCUUCAACAAUAACAACAAUAGUAGUCGGAGAGGAGGUAGUGGACAAGAGAAUACACCUCUAAGAACAAAUGCAACAUCUAUAUUGAGUUCAAGCCCAGCAUUGGGUGGCAAGAGAUUACCAAAGCGAAGAGGUGGUCAACAACAACAACAGGAGGAUAGACAACCUUUAUUAUUGUCCGAUGAGUAUGAUCAGAUAGAGUCGCCAAGUGGUGGCAACUCACCACAGUUCAAUGGAGCAGGAGCAGGAGCAGGUGGCAAGGUCCAUCACAUGUCAACAGUGAAUCAAGAUUAUCUUGCGAUGUUGGGCACUACUGAGCGACAGGUUGAACGUAGACGCAAGGCAGCCAUCGAUCUCAAACUAAACAGGAGACUACUCAACAAGAUCAUCUUCUGGCAGAGCAUUGGUAAUAUGAUCCGUGCGCUCCCCAUCUUUGUACUCGAGCGUUACUACAUCAUGUUGAUCAUAUUGUUUCAAGCCAUAUUCUUACUGAUUGGAUCAUAUGGAGUCAAAAGACUGAAGAGAUACUUGGUCCUUGUAUACUCACUUGGAUGUUUCAGCACGACUGUAGCAGACCUGGUGUUGACAUUCACUUAUGCACACGUCCAGAACUCACUGGCGUUCAGCCAGGCGCAGAUCGCAUUCUGGGUCUACGUCGUCUUUGUAUUCAUUCUCUGUACACUAAACAUUGUUGGAGGCAUCGUUCUGGGCCUGAAGCUGUUCGUGUCGCUGCACACGCUGGACGACCGCUCCAACAGCCCGCUGGUGCUGCUGGCGGCCAGUCUGGUCGGUUCGUUCGACCAGGCCGACGACGACGAGCAGCAGCCCAUGGUCAACUACACACAGGCCGCAAGCCGUGUGCUCUACUUCUACGGCGCGCACAUCCUUCACUCGCUCAACGUGCGCGAGUCACAUGCAUUCAACUCAUUCACCAACAUGCUGCAGGACUAUCGCAUCAAGAUUGCAUCACGCACAAAGUCGACUCCUGCCUCUUCCGUCCCGUCCUCUCACUCUGCUGGUAAUAAUGGUAGUAGCAACGCAACGAUGCGUAUCGAGUAUCACAAGCCGGUGAGAUUCAUAUCGAACGAGGUGGUCACGUCCAAGUACAAUGUGAUCACAUUCUUCCCCAAGGUCAUCUACUUUCAAUUCUCAAGACUGGCCAACUUGUACACGCUGGGAAUCGUCAUGCUGUGUAUGUUCUCAUUCUCGCCAGUCGGCCCCAUGAGCAGUGUCACCCCAUUGCUCGUCGUCAUUGGCGUGGGCUGUAUCAAAGAGCUGAUCGAGGAUGUGAAGCGACACAAACAGGACAAGGAGAUCAACGGUCGAUCUUGCAUGGUCUAUCGUCCAGCCAUCGGCCACAACUCGCGAGGCUCUGGUUCAUUCGAGACUGUAACAUGGCGCGAGCUUAAGGUCGGCGACCUGGUCUAUAUCAAGAACGACGACCUUCUACCCGCAGACAUAAUCUGUCUGUCGACGUCGCGCUCCGACGGCAGGACCUACCUGGAGACGGCCAACUUGGACGGCGAGACAAAUCUCAAGCCCAAGGUCAACCUCACCAAGACAAGCUGGAUACGCUCGGCCGCCGACCUGGACGGGCUCAUGUGUCGCGUGGAGUGCGAGCAGCCCACACUCGACAUCUACAGCUUUGAGGGCGUGUUGUCAUACGUGCGCCAUGGCGAGGCGACCGUCCCCGAACAGGCACCCGUCUCAAUCGAGUCGUUCCUGCUGCGUGGCACCAAGGUGCGUAACACCGAGUGGGUGAUUGGCCUCGUCACAUACACUGGAGUCGACACAAAGGUCGAACGCAACAGCUCACAGAUCAGCCACAAGCGCAGCGCCGUCGAGAAGGGCGUCAACUACAAGCUCAUCCUGUUAUUCUUCCUCCAGACCAUCAUUUGUUUGAUUUGUUCGAUUGGAGCCAACAGCUGGCAUCUGGAGGAUCAGGACGAAGUGUCGGCCUGGUACCUGGGCCGCGCACAGCGCAGCUUCAUCUACGUCAGCUAUGUGAUCCUUUACAACACGCUGAUCCCACUCUCGAUGUACGUGUCGAUGGAGGUGAUUCGUGUGGCCAACGCAGUGUUCAUCAACUGGGACGAGAAGAUGUACGAUCCCAAGACCGACACGGCGGCUCAGGCGCGAAACACAAACAUCAACGAAGAGUUGGGCCAAGUGCAGUACCUCUUCUCCGACAAGACAGGCACGCUCACUUGCAAUGAGAUGCGCUUUAAUCGCUGCACCAUCGGUUCCGCAACAUAUGGCCCCGACGAGAGCGACCUUCAGCGCAUCGGCGCCACACACAGCGCCACCACCGAGAGCGGCCAGGCAACCUACAUCCGCGAGUUCCUCUACAACCUUUCCAUUUGCAACACAGUGAUUGUGGACUCGCAUUGUCAAGACGAUGACAAUGCCACACCCAAGUACCAGGCGUCCUCGCCCGAUGAGGAGGCACUGACAAUCGCUGCAGCAUCAUUUGGCUACGUUCUCAAGGCGCGUGACGACAGAUCGAUCAUUGUCAAGGUCAAUGGAGUGGACGAACGCUACGAGAUACUCAGCAUACUAGAGUUCAACAGUUAUCGCAAGAGAAUGUCUGUGAUUGUACGUGCACCCAAUGGCGAGAUUAGACUGUACUGCAAGGGUGCCGACUCGGUGAUCAUGGAGCGAUCAAAGAUCAGGUCGCUGACGCCAUACAAGGUGGUCGGCGAGAUGUUGACCGACACAGAGACACACAUUGGCGAGUUUGCAUCCAGUGGCUUGCGAACUCUGUGCAUGUCCGUCAAAGUGUUGAGCACAGAGGAGUACGCAGAGUGGAGCCGCAAGUACCAGGAAGCCUCACUAUCAUUGGUUCGUCGCGUCGAGUUGAUGGACCAGGCAGCCGAGCUGAUAGAGCAGGACAUGUGUUUGAUUGGCGCCACUGGCAUUGAGGACCGUCUUCAAGAUCAAGUGCCCGAGACCAUUACCUCUCUGCGAGAGGCUGGAAUCAAGGUGUGGGUGCUGACAGGCGACAAACAAGAGACAGCCAUAUCCAUUGCCACCGCAUCAUCAGUGAUCAACCCUGGCAUGGAGCUCAUCAUAUUGAACGAGAGAACCAAGGAAGACCUCCUGAAGCGACUGCUCAAGUUGGUGGCAGAGAAGAACCUGCACAACUUCAACGACAGUCGUCGCUGGGGUCCAUCAAUCUUUGGAAAGGUAGCUGCAGCACUCAAUCUUGAACCUUCGGACGCACCGCUCAUCUUGGACCGAUCCGAGAGCGUGCAGUUCCAAAUGGCCAUUGUCAUUGAUGGCACGACGCUAGCACUGGCAUUGGACAAUGACCUCAAGUAUCACUUCCUACAGGUGGCAAAGACGUGCGAGUCUGUUGUCUGCUGCCGUUGCUCUCCAUCACAAAAGGCCAAGGUGGUGCGUCUGGUGUCCGAGAGGUCCUUCCUCUUUGGAGAUGGUGCCAUUACGUUGGCCAUUGGCGACGGUGCCAAUGACGUACCAAUGAUACAAAAGGCGCAUGUGGGCGUAGGCAUUUCUGGUCGCGAAGGUAUGCAGGCUGUGCUGGCCAGUGACUUUGCCAUUGCCAACUUCCACAUGCUCAAGCGACUGCUGUUGGUUCAUGGCAACAGGAGCUACAAGAGAAUCAUCAAGCUCAUCCUGUACUCAUUCUCCAAGAACGUAGCGCUCUGUUUGUCACAGUUCUGGUUCGGCUUCUACUCGGCGUUCAGUGGCCAGAUGAUCUAUUUUGACUUCCUCUUCACCCUGUUCAACGCACUGUUCACAUCGGCGCCAAUCCUGGCCGUCGGUAACUUUGACCAGGACGUCAAGGAGGAGGUGUUGAUGAACGACCCCAAGCAGUAUCACGAGUCACAGAGCAACCGACCAUUCUCAAUCUGGAACUUCCUCUGGUGGAUCUUCCUCGGACUUUGGCAAUCGGCCGUCAUAUUCUACGCAACCUUCUUCAUUCUACAUACGGCCGAUGCAUCUGGUGGCAAGACACUGGGUCUGUGGGCAUGCGGAACAGCAGCCUAUCUGUACCUGGUGGUGACGACCAACAUUCAAGUCAGUUUGAUCACAUGCUAUUGGACCAAGUGGAAUGUGAUCAUGGUGGUGAUCAGUGUGAUUGGAUCUAUAUUGUUUGUAAUGUUGUACUGCUCGCUCAUCUGGCUGGAACCCGAAGCACUGGGUAUCAUCUACGAGUUGUUCACCGUGCCCGACUUUUGGCUACUCUACAUACUUGUGCCGGCAAUAUCACUACUACCAUAUGGUAUAUUCACAGUCAACAAAUGGAUAUUCUCGAGCCAAAGCGACAAGUACUACAAGGACAAGUACAGUGGAAUCAAGUUGGGCAACAGUUAG